AGUACAUAUAGACAACAACUAUGGCGGACGGGGAAGAGUUAAGGAAUUCACGAGGAUGUUGCAAUUGUGCGUGGAUAGUGAUCACGGUGGAAGGAUGGGUGAAACUCAUCGAGACGUUAACGACUUUCUUAGCGGCUGUUCUCACGCGUAGCUUUGCGUACUAUCGCGCCAAGAUGGAAUAUAAAUAUCAAGUCGGCGUAGCCACGUGCGCGUGCAUCUUGGUGUUCCUGCACAUCAUUAUCAGAAGCUUACGAUGCUUCGAGAAGGUGCUACCACUGCUUGGAAUGAUCGGAUGUUUUCUUCUCUCGGUAACCUUAUUCGUUGGCUCUGGAAUUGUGUACCAUGAUGGCAACAAGUAUAAGGGAGGGGAUGUAAUGGUUGCAUCAGGCAUUUGUGGCUUCAUAGCUGCUAGUUUGUUCUUCUGUGAGGCGAUUUAUUAUCUCUUUGCCCUCGUUUGUCGCCGAUCACCUCCACGCCACGAUGAUGGAGAUACUCUAACCACAGAAAAACAUGGUCCGGUAGAAGAUCCUGCAAGUGCAGUGGUUUAGCGAGAACUGAGAUAAACAGAAAGAACUUGAUGCAUACAGAAAGAUGCUUUAGCUUCGAAUUAGACAAGAAGGUGAUUGCUACGAGAUAUUAUCUCACAGUAGAAUGUUGUCUAUUAUUUUGAUUUACCUAUUUGAGAAACAAAAAAAGUAUUUAGGAAGUCUGAAACAGAGAAAUUUAUCGUAGGUUUGAUAAAAUCAAGCUUCCCUCGCUGUUAUUCAACCAAUAAUUACGUUAGGUCGCCUGACACUCGCCAAGUAUUUCCGGCGAGUUACAUGCGUUCUUAUGUUGUAGUUCUAUUUCUGUUUGAGAUUAAAUUAUUAAAAUAAAGCAGUUAACAGA